GGCGGGAGGCGGCGGGGCGGGGCCUGGCGGCGGGAGAAGGGCGCGCGAGCGGCGGAGCGGGUGCUGCAUGCGUCGCGCCCCCCCCAGGAUGCCGAAGGCCAAGGAGCUGGCGGGGAGCAGCAGCUCGGAGAGUGGCCCCGAGGAGGAGGGCCAGAAAAGAAAGAAAGAAAUGCCUUUGAAGCCCAAGAAAAGGCCGAAAGCAGAGGCCAGACCUUCAAGGGUGGCAGCAAAGCCUCAGGGACACGACAGUAAAGAGGAGGACAUGUUCCAGAUUGGGAAGAUGCGCUACGUCAGGGUGUCCUGCUUCAAGGGGAAGGUCCUCGUGGACAUCAGGGAGUUCUACGUGGAUAAGGAGGGAGAUACCAAGCCAGGGAGGAAAGGGAUUUCCCUGUCUGCAGAACAGUGGAACCAGCUGAAGGAGAUCAUUCCUGAGAUCGAUGCUGCAGUCAAGAAAUUCUAAGAUGAAGGAUCUCAGCUACCUUGUACCUGUUUCCUUUCCCUUGAGUGAACUGUGAAGCAUAAAGCCAAAGAUUCUCAUCUGCAGCCUUCUCCUCACCUCAUUGGGGUUUUCCCAUUGAGGUGGUAGUUGUGCUGAAAAGGCCAGAGACUGCUUUAUUUUCAAGUAACAGCUUGUAAUGAGCAAACGGAACUAGAACCAGUGGUGUAAAGUGAGACUUCAACACCUCUGGCCUCUUUCUACACUUGAGGUCUGCUCUAGUGAGGGCACUAAGCAGCCCAGGGCAUGGGAAAACCUGACUCCAACCUUCCAGGCAUGGAUGACUCUCAGUCUACACUGUGGCAUACUCUAGCUGCUCUGUGUCUGCUGCUGUCUUCCACUUGGUUGACUGUUGACUAAGAUGUUUGGUAUAUCUCAUGCUGGCAUCCGCUGCCUCUGUUCCCUCCACAUGCCACUCUGGCUAUUUCAAGUACUUUUUUUGUGUGAUGCUUUCCCCCCCCCCCCCCCCCCCAAAGGGGAUUUAGCAACUGGUUUGUAGAGGGUGAAUAUGCACAAUAAAUGAGUUUGCAUUACAAAAAGGAGAUGCAUAGUGUCUCAGAAGCUGGCAACUCGA